AACAAUAAAUUAUACAUAAGACUUUUUUAAUCUUUAAAUUAGUUUUUCCACGUUACAAUAAUUUCACUUUUGUUAAUUCAAGGUCGCUAUUCUACCUCCGCUCUCUCUUUCUCUCUCUCCGCUUCUUCGCAGCUUAGAUUCAUUGCCAUCUCAGAGGCCGGUUGAGCAGCAUCUCUCUCUAGAUUGGCACUGUGUGAGAGAAGGUUAAUUGCGACGUGUGUGUUUCUGUGUUACUGAAGAUAUCUAGAGUGAGACAAUAUGGGGAAAAUACCGGUGAAGAUGAAGUCGGUGACGUACGCCCUGUCGCCGUUUCAGCAGAAGGUGAUGCCGGGCCUCUGGAAGGAUUUGUCCGGCAAGAUCUCCCACAAGAUCUCCGAGAAUUGGAUCAGCGCCACGCUCCUUCUCAGCCCGCUUGUUGGCACCUAUUCGUAUGUGCAGUGGUACCUGGAAAAGGAGAAGAUGGAGCACAGAUACUGAAGUUAGUUAUCAAUACUCGAUUUGUCUGAGACUCUGAAAAGCUCUCUAGCAUCUAGUUUUACUAGACAAUAAGCUGAUGUAUUGCCUGCUGGUUGCUGGUUUUGGAUCCUGAAUUUAUCUUGGAUUUGCAGUCAGUUUCUUUUUUAUGCAUGGAAUUGUUCAUGUAUGCUGACAAAAUUGUCUGCCCUGAAUGUUGGCAUUUAAGUUCUGUGCUUGAUCUUUUCGCUGUAAUUUUCAAAUUUAUCCAUUGAUUUUGAUUUAA